AUGGUGCUGAGCCUCUCCUCCAUGCUGGGCACUGGUGUCUGGGCAGAGGGAGACCUCAGGCCCUGGCAGCGGUGGCCUGAGCAGAAGCUUGCACUUGCCACUUCAGCCAGGACAUGGGAGGCAAGUGCAGCAUUGCCCAUAGCUGCUGGAGAGAAGUGCGGCUUUUUUCUCGCUCAGCGCCGAGCGCCGGCCGGUGAGCCGUUCCUGGACCGCCCGAAGCAUUGCGGCUGUCGGAGGGACUGGGGGUGCAGAGCUGCAGGCGCCGGUGGGCUGAGUUCGAGCAGCGCGCAGCGCUCGGAGGCGCUGGAGGCGCUGGAGACGUUCGGAGAGGCUCGGAGGCUUUCGGAUGGUGCCCAGCGACGGAGGCGCUGGGCCACGCCCCCGCUCCGUCUCCACGCCGCCCGAGCUCCAAGCCCCCUUCCCUAUUAUGCCUGUGAAGUUCAAGGGCGGCUCUGCGCCCCGCCCAGGCUGGCCCGCGGUCUCGCCAGCAUCCCCAGGAUCAGGCAAGGAAGCGACGUAGGCGUCGGCGCCCAGCAGUUCGGGCCCUCCAUAGCUCGAGCCGCCCAUUUUACGCGAGGGGAGGCGAAGCUAGAGGGCUCCUGGCCGGCCGGGCAGUCGUCUGCGCUGGUUCCUGCCCAGGGCCGCUGGGACUGGCCCACGGCUGGAGACCCGUACCACCGAGCGUGGGUCAUAGGCAGCCUGCAAGUCGGGAGUAUUAAAAGCUCCCAGAUGGUUCGAAAGUGCAUCCAAAGCCAGAGAUGUCGAGGAAGGAAGGAGUCAUUUCAGGCUGUGGAUGGAAGCAGGUUUCUCGAGGAGGCAACGCAAGCCAUUCCGAGCUUCUGGACCACGCCAGAGCCCAAGCCAAGGCUUUGCUCAGCAUUCAUCCUGCAGGGUCUGAGCGUACCUGGCAGUACCUGGGCCACCACAGUCACCAUGCUGAAAGAGCUUCAGUGGCACCAAGGGGAGUGUGCCCAGCAUUUGCCAAGAAUGCCACUGUCGUCGGUGGCGUUAACAGACUUCUCAAGGCUACAUCCAAACCAGGGCCAUCCCUGGGCAUAUCCCAGUAAAAAUGAGCGCCAGUGUUCACCGGAAGACGUGUGCAGGAAUGUUUGUAGCAGUGCCAUCUGUAACAGCCCCACUGUUCAUCAAAUGAGAAUGCAUAAGUGAGCCAGGGUACGUCCAGACAAAGGACGGCAACGAAACAGAAUGACCUGUGAUUGUCACCAAUACGGAUGAAUCUCAACAUGAGGCUGAGCGGAAGAAGUCAGGGUCAGAAGAGCACACACUGUGUGAUUCCAUUUACAUGAAGUUCAAAACCAGGCCAAACGAAUCUGUGGCGUGGUGCUCACCAAGGGCCAGCAGGACUGGAAGUGGCUUCUGGGCUGGAUGGAAUGUUCUGGUUUAGGACCUGGGUCCUAAGUAAUGGCGUGUUUACUUUUUAAAAAUGCAUCAAGCAAUACCCUUGUGACUCAUGUACUGUUUUCUAAGUAUGGUUUUACAUCAAUUAAAAAGUUUACUAAAGAAAUACAGACAUCGUUCAUUACAAA